CAGCAAAAUUGACGAAGUGGAGAAGAGGGAAAGGGGAAGCAUUUUGGACGAGGUUUGCGUGCAAGAGAGGGAGCGAGAUGGAAGAAUGGCGAAUGCUGGGCGUGCUGGGCAAGAUGAUUCUGGUGAAAGUCAAGCGUCUUGAGCACGAAAACAAGCGUACUCGGCAAGCAGGGUGCCGCAUCAAGAUCGCGUGAAGGAGCCAGAUGACGUCGCGUGGAUGUAGAAUCAUUAGGGAGAAGACGGGGGAUAUUGAAUGAGGCAGAUUGCAAGCGAGGGAGAUGAGAGGCAGAUGCCAGAUGAAAGGGGGCAGAGCUUAGGCAGAGAGAACAGGGGGCUAUCGCUGGCAGACGCCCGCCGACGGGGCUAACGAAUGAGAAUUGCCAGUGAGAGUCGCGCGCUCAACCAAUGGCGGCGGGAGAUGGUGGAGGCCGGAAGGAGAGGCCGAGUGUGCCGGGAAUGGGUAGAGUGUGCUCCCUCAAUUUACCGAGCAUUUAUUCAUCCUCCCUCCAUCACUUCGCUCCGCCAACACCUGCCUCCUCGUCGCUCUCCACGUCCACCAUGCUCUCUGCCCGCCCCAUGGAACCUGUCGCAGUCGCAAUACCCGCCGCCCUCCCUGGCUCCCCCUCUGACUCUCGUCGACAUUCCCCCAUUAUCUCAGCCUUGCACUCUCCACUCCUCCUAGACUCUCCACCACAACGUCCGCUGGCUUCACAUCAUCUACAGUCCCCCAGCUUUCACCUCCCUUCUGCAAGCGCUUCGAUGCAAGAUUUCGGCGUCGAGAGCGCGUCCAAUCCAAGCGUUAACCCCCAGGAGCAGGCUCCAUCCACUCCGAGACGUCCCAUUCGCUCUCGUUCCUUCCUGUCCGCUUCGUUCUCAAUACGAAGAGAGCCCUCUCCCACGUCAGAUCCGCCUGACGAUCCACCCCCUCUACCGCAAACUCCCCAAACAUCCUCUUCUUCUCGCUUCCCGUUCUCUGGUCGCAAGGUCGCCGCGACCGUACCUGCGACCCCCAUAAUGUCUUCAACACCCACAGCUACCAGUCCCAUACAUACACCCGCCCGGACGCCUGAUCCUGAUCCUCCACACACUGGCACCUCGAAGAGCUUGAAGGCCCAUAAUCCUCUGCUUGAUCUCAAACGUUUCCUGAAUCAUCACAUUCCUCAUCCACAUCAUACUAGUUCACGCUCCGUCUCUGCGGCUGCUACUGGCAUUUCGACGCCUUCAGACGCACAUCUCUUUCCCUCAGAGCAACGUCGAGGAUCGGCCUUUGACCAGUCAAGUCUCUUGGAUGUUGUGCCCGGUCUUGCAAGUACGCCUGGGACACCAGCUGCGGCGUCCACUCCGGGUAGUGGUUCUUCUGGGCAACGGACACCCGAGCAUACUGUCCCACCUUCAGAGGCUGCAAGCAUCAAGUCUCACCGCGAAAACCGGCUUACGUCAUUCAUCCGGCGAGACAAAGAGAAGAGCGGACCCAGUAGCGAAAAGAAGACGGAUGUCGAGCAUCAUAGGGAAGUGAAUGACCUUAACGGCUCUGUCAGGAACGAACGUGUCGGUAAGACACCGUCGCCUGGUAGUACCAACGGUUACACGACAAGUUCGAGAUCUCCUCCUCGAACCAUCGAGUCCAAACCAAGUCGGAAAUCGGUUGCGAGCGCAAAGUCUUCUGUGAUAAUCCGGUAUACACCGCCCACAUCCCAUCAUCCGAUACAGUCUUUGUCAGAAGCAACACAUGCACAUCUUUCAAAGAAGUAUGGUAAAUGGGGCCGGAUUCUGGGCUCAGGGGCGGGUGGAACUGUUCGUCUAAUCAAGGCAUCGAGCAAACAUGGCGGUUCAAUCUAUGCUGUGAAGGAGUUCCGGCCAAAGAGGCAAGGAGAGAGUGAGCGGGAGUAUCAGAAGAAGACGGUCGAUAUCGUGAGUGAUCAUGGCCAUUACUACGAGGUCAUGGAGUAUGCGCCAUAUGAUCUUUUCAGUGUGGUCAUGUCUGGCAGGAUGACGAGGCCAGAGAUUUACUGCGUCUUUCGCCAAAUUUGUGACGGGGUGGAAUAUCUUCAUUCCCUAGGCCUUGCACAUCGCGAUCUCAAGCUGGACAAUUGCGUAAUGACUUCGAGCAACGUUGUCAAACUUAUCGAUUUCGGCACUGCUACUGUCUUCCACUAUCCGGGGAAGAAGACGACGAUGGCCACGGGCAUUGUCGGGAGUGAUCCAUACCUCGCACCAGAAGUAAUCUCCGAGGACAGUUACGACCCCCGCAAGACAGACGUCUGGAGCGUCGCCAUCAUUUUCAUGUGCAUGGUGCUCAGACGUUUCCCCUGGAAGAUCCCUGAUUCAAAAGUGGACCCCAGUUUCAGAGCGUUCGUUCAUGCCAAUCCGGACCUGUCCAAAAAGCCGGAAAGGAAACCUGUUAAGGAAAAGGAACAAGUAGAGGAGGUAGUACCGCUAACGAAGGCCCUUAGCAGACAUCCUUCCGCUCUCACCGCUGUCUACACUGUUGCCGACCCUGAGACUAUUGGCGAGUCUCUUGCGCCAUACCGUGAACAACCUGAUCGUGGGGAUAGCACCGAGUCGUCUACGGAUGGCCUCUCUAUCACCGAUGAUUCCUCCUCCGAUUCCACUUCUCUCACUGUGCCCUCAAUCGAACGUGUGGGCGAAACAGAUGCAGAAAAACGCGCUCGGGCAGAACACUUCCGUGCGUCAUUCCAGCCCGGCGUAUCUGUCUUGUCACGAUCGACAGCUACAUUACCGGCAUUGUUUGGUGAGAUGGUCAAGCCCACCGAGAGCCCGCAGGAUAUGGAUCCUUCUGUCAGGACAUUCGCACGUCCUGGGAACUCGACUGAGAGUUUGCCUGCCUCGCCGAUGAUGUCGUUUAAUGAGCCCUCUAUUCGAUCUCAUGUGUCUCAAGUGGUGGAUCUGAACGAGGAUGAGCUGUCGACUCCAACGCUGAAACGGAAAGCUGAGCCUACUAGUGAGGACACUUCCACCAUCGCUUCUAGUGUCGCUUCUACCAUCGAACUCCCGCCGGUUGGCAUCAGUCCCGUGAAGGCGCGGGAUUUUGCCGCUGUCAAAGAGGACGAGAUCAGUAACGUCGUUGUCGUCCAGGAGAAGAUCACCGAGGCGCAGGAGGCUGAGCCUACUAGGAAAGCUGCCGACGUCUCGCCCAAGGAUAGGAGCAAGUCCGAGGGCCAUGUCACGAAGAGGGACACCACUGUUACUCCUCGUCGCCGUCCUCGCGCUGACAGCCGCGCCUCUGUAUCGACAUUCCACUCUGGCGGUGCCGAGUCCAUCUUCCGUCUGCUUCCUCGCGAGUCCAGGGCUUGCAUCCGUCGUAUGAUGUACAUCGAGCCAACUUCUCGUUGUACGUUGACGGAUCUGCUCAAAGGCAAGGGAAAGUCCAACGAUCUCCUCUGUGGGUGUAACUCCCAUGAUAAGCAUAGUCCUCGCUGUGAAGACCACCUUGACGAGCCUGAAGAGGAAGACGAGGGUGAUGAUUGGUUGAGGAGCAUUCGUCCGUGCUCUGACUUGGUUCCGGGUAGACAGUCUUUGCACACUCAUAUCAAGGUGGCCAUAGACGAGAAGGCGAAUAAGAGACGGUUCUUUUAGCCUCCUCUGGCUUCUUUUGUUCGUUAUCGUCGCCUCUACUCAUCUAAACUCAAGCAGCUCUAUAGCUAAUAGUUCAUUGUAUCAAAUCCAUUGUGUGUUUUAUUUUCGUUGUAUAGAUCUUUCUACUUAUGUUUCCCUGCUUCCGUCUUAACUUCGUCUUUGUCCACAUUUUCUCUUUCGAGCUUCUUCUGCGCUACGAUAUCUUCAGCUUACUACUGGGUUAUGUUUUCAGAGACGGUGUUGGUUCGUUUCAGUCGUCCGCGUCAUUUGCUGCAUUCACAUAUACUACCGUAACCUAUUUUUUUUUUUCGCUGCUCCAUGCUUUUAUGUUCACACCAUCUUCGAAGUCCAUCAUGGAGCGGGGGGGGGGACCUUUGGACUAUUAGGCUUCGUUAUCUAGGUUUUCGGGCCCCCUUUUUCUUUUCUUUUCAAGAACGGUUUUAAUAUGUAUCC